AUGCAGCAGCUGUACUGCGACACAUGCUCAAAGUUCUUGGCCGAUCGCCUUGUGGAGGGUACUUGUCCACGCAAAGGUGUGGCUGUUACUCUGCAAGAGGAGAUCAAUGUGAUAAGUGCCAAAGUAUCUGCUUUCUACGUCUGGUUUGAUGCUCCAACCAGAUAUGCUUCAAUCACAGCUUGCUACACUCCAGACAGGAAGAAGUGGUGGAAGAAUCUAGAAAACAUUGAGUUGUAUCAGUUCAUGAGGAAGGAUAAUGUCCCCUUUCACACGCCUGCGCUGGUCGUCCGCAUAGUUUGUGUUCUAUUGAUGGAAUGA